AUGGCGACCCCCGAUUACAGCUUUCAGUUCGGAAAGUUUAACUACAUAUGCAACAAUGUUAUGUUAACCUUGUGUCCGCUGGUCGGCACAGAUGACGGUAUCGAACCCGUCUGUUACUCCCGUAACGUCCGUCUCGCCGAGACCCUCAUCUUCCAGCCUUCAACGCUCAUUAUCCACUUGAUCGCCUUGAUCAUGACUGCCAUUAUGAUUUAUCAUAUCCGGUCAAAGUACACUGCUGUCGGCCGCAAAGAGAUCAUCAUGUUCUUUUAUCUCUACAUGCUUGUGACAAUCAUGGACCUGCUGCUCAUCUCCGGAAUCAUCCCCACCGCUAGCAACCUCUACCCUUACUUUACUGGAGUCCAUCUAGGACUAAUCUCGGCGACCUUUUGGUGUCUUCUGUUGAACGGAUUUGUCGGCUUCCAGUUUGCUGAGGACGGCACCCCUCUCUCCCUCUGGUCGAUUCGGUUGUCGUCAUUUGUUGUGUUUGCGGCGGUGACAUUUGUGUCGAUUGCAACCUUCAACGGCAUGUCGCCCUUUGAUAAGAAGAACCCGAUCGCUCUCUGGAUUGUGUUCUUUAUCUUUAACGGCGCAGCUCUGUUGAUCUAUGUGAUCUUGCAGAUUGUGCUGGUCGUCAACACAUUGGACGAUCGCUGGCCAUUGGGAGACAUUAUCUUUGGCAUUGUCUUCUUUGCGACUGGUCAGGUCAUCCUUUAUGUCUUCUCAGUCCAAAUUUGUAAUUUUGCCAAGCACUACAUCGAUGGGCUGUUCUUUGGCACGAUUGCGACGCUGCUGAGUGUGAUGAUGGUCUACAAGUACUGGGACUCGAUCACCAAGGAGGACUUGGAGUUCUCUGUCGGAUCGAAGCAGAACGUGUGGGAGGUCAAGGAGUUGUUGGGCGAGGACGAGAUGGGCGGUAACGGUGGCAUGUAUGGCCAGCAGCACCAGGGUCAUGGAUAUGGUGCACCUUCCCCUGCUGCUGGCCCCUAUGGCCAGUCCAACUACUACGAGGAACGCUACUAA